AUGGAAAUCGAACGAUUGUUGGAUGCUGGAUUCAUUCGAACUACACGGUAUGUUGAAUGGUUAUCAAAUGUUAUCCCUGUUAUCAAGAAGAAUGGAAAAUUACCAAUGAAAUUAAGAGUGUAUGUGUUGCCUGUUUUGGUUUAUAUUGUUUGCCAAACCGAUCUUAUAAAGUAUAUGCUAUCAAGGCCAUUAAUCACAGGCCGGAUUGGCAAGUGGGCUUUGGCGCUAAUGGAAUUCAAUUUUGCAUAUGUUCCACAAAAGGUAAUUAAGGGAAGAGCAUUGGCAGAUUUUCUUGCUGAUCAUCCCUCGCCCGAAAUUGAGUGUUCAAAUAAUCAAGCCGAAUAUGAAGCAUUAAUUAUCGGCUUGGAAAUUCUGUUGGAAAUGACAGUCAAAGAUGUCCACAUUGUGGGAGAUUCAAGUUUAGUGAUUAAUCAAAUCUCAGAAGACUUUAGAUGUUUGAAUUGGCAAUUAAGACCAUUCCAUUCGUUGGCAACCCAAUUGGUUAACCAAUUUCACAAUGUGACUUUGGAAUAUAGACCAAGGGCCAUGAAUAAACUAGCUAAUGAUUUAGCACAGACAGCUUCAGGAGUAAGGGUGCCGAGUGGAAUGAAGGAAAGAGUAAUGAAGAUUACACGCCGAUCUCUUCCAUUAGCUGAAACAAGAAAUCAAAUUAUGGAAGAAGUCUUUGCCACUGAUGUUGCCGAAUUGGAUGAUGAUGAUUGGCGAAUUCCUUAUAUCUUGUUUUUGCAACAUCCAACUUCUGAAGCCGAUCAAAGAAUUAAAAGAAGUGCAGUCGAUUAUGUGCUUAUGGAUGGAGAUCUUUAUAGAAGAUCGGUUGAUGAUGGUUUAUUAUUUCAGUGCAUUAGCAAGUUUGAAGGUUUGAAAAUUAUGGCUGAUGUACAUGAAGGGAUAUGUGGAGCUCACCAAGCUGGCAUAAAAAUGAGGUGGUUGAUACGCCGAUAUGGAUAUUAUUGCCUAAGAAUAAGAAAAGAUUGUAUGACUUAUGCAAAAGGUUGUAUAGACUGUCAAAAACAUAGUCGAAUGCAGUGGGUCCCAGCAAUAGAAAUGCAAUUACUAGUUAAACCAUGGCCUUUCAGAGGAUGGGCUAUGGACAAGAUUAAUCCACCUUCAUCAAAGGGUCAUCAUUGGAUUAUUCUAGCUACCGAUUACUUUACUAAAUGGGCAGAAGCCGAGGAAUAUGUAUCGGUAACUCAUAAUACCGUUAUACAAUUUUUGGAGCGACAUAUCUUUCACCGAUUUGGAUUAUCGGAAACAAUUGUUGCCGAUAAUGGAUCUGUUUUUCGAGUAAAUGAAGUAUUACAACUUGGCCGUGAUAUGCAGGUGAAAAUGGUAACUUCAACACCCUAUUAUGCUCAAGGGAAUGGUCAAGCCGAGGCUUCAAAUAAAGUUGUUAUUGAAAUUAUUGAGAAAAUGAUAAAAGACAAACCAAGGCGUUGGCAUGAAACUCUUUCAGAAGCCUUUUGGGCCUAUAGAAACUCAAAAAGGACAAGUACGGGAACAACUCCAUCUCGGUUAACAUUUGGUCAUGAUGCGGUGUUGUCGAUGGAGUUAAACGUUAAAUCGGCAAGGGUAGUUUUGCAACAUAAUCUCAUACCUGCUGAUUAA